AACCGAGACGGACAUGGUUGGAACAGAGAAUUCGGCAAUCGCCAACUGCGAAAAAACUCCUUAUCAGCAUCGCGCCACUUCUUGGCUUCAACUCGCCGAAGCAGGUCGCUGGACGACGGGCGUUCAUGAUGUACGAGCAGCUAUGCGUGCCCAAAGCGGAGGAGGAGAACGCGUUCUGGCAGGAUGAAUGCAGCCUUCCUCCGACAUUCCAAUCGUGGUUCUCCAUAACAAACCUACAUAUCUGGCUGCUCACCGUCCGGCUCCGUGCGCUGCCUGACCCAAUAGGCAAGUACUACAUCCAAGCCCUCGUCGACCACUUCUUCCUCGACGUGGAAGACCGUAUUCGCCAGGUUUUGCAGCCUGCUAUCCCGCCGAAAAAUGCGCCACCAGAACCCGCGCCGCAGAGCACAUACACCACGCCAACGAGCUUCUACACUGUCGCGAACGCAGACAAGCAGCCGAAGGGCAAGGCACCCGAGCGACUCGUGACGCGCCAGAUGAAAAUUCUGAAGGAGCAGUGGACUGGUCUCGGCAUGUCCUUCGACCUUGGCCUCAUCCGCGGUGACGCAGACAUGGCCGCCGCAGUCUGGCGCAACUUCCUUGGCGCGCGUGGCGCGCGCGGUAUCGUGUAUCCGUCCUCGCCCGAAGCACAGAGCGACAAGCCCUAUUUUCGCCGCAGCGUGAACCUUGUCGGUGGCGAGGUGGAAAAGGUCGCCAAGAUUGACAAGAUUGGGCUCGAAGCCGAGGAGGCGCGCGAUGACGGGUCGGGUGUGCAUGAUUUUGCACCUGAUGAAGCCGGAAAGUAUGUCCAGUACCCCGAGCUCAUGGCCGACAUUGUACGCUACGUUCAUCGGGAGCUCGUUCGGCUUGAGAGGAUCCCCGAUGAGCAGAUUGUGAAGGGCGGGAAGGAGACGGUACAAUUGCUGAGGUUUGGGAAGGUACGCGAGUAACCGCGUCGUGUUCUCUCUCGGACGCAGUAAUAGGCUCGUUUGCAUGGUUUACUACUCUACAUGACAGCUAGGGCUUUGCGACUCGCACUAAUCACCACUUGCCUGUACCCGUCUAUGUGAAGUUGAUAUUAG